AUGGCUUCCUCCAGCAGUCUCUUGUCUGAAGAUGAGUUUCAGUGCUCAAUUUGUCUGGAUGUGUUCACUGAUCCGGUCUCUACUCCAUGUGGACACAACUUCUGCAUGGUCUGUCUCAGAGAGUUCUGGAACAGCAGCUCACACUGCCAGUGUCCCGUCUGUAAGGAGGAGUUCUCCAGAAGACCCGAGCUUCGUGUGAACACCUUCAUCUCUGGACUGACUGCUCAGUUCAAGAAGUCGCUUCAGAAAAACACAGAGAAGGAGAAAGCAGACAGUGUGGAGGUCUUCAGGGCUCUGGUGCGCUGCAUUGAGAGGAGCCAGGCGGAGCUGCUGGAGGUGAUGGAGGAGAAGCAGAAAGCAGCAGAGAGGCAGGCUGAAGAGCUGAUUAAAGAGCUGGAGCAGGAAAUCACUGAGCUAAAGAGGAGAGACACUGAGCUGGAGCAGAUCUCCCACACUGAGGACCACCUCCACCUCCUACAGGUUUACCCCUCCCUCUGCAGACCCCCACCCACCAAGACCUGGACUGACGUCAGGAUUAACACUCAUCUGAGGGUGGAGACUCUGAGGAAAGCUCUGUCUCAGCUUCAGGAAGCCCUCAGUGAGGAGAUGGAGAAGCUUUCUGAGAUCAAACUGAAGAGAAUUCAACAAUAUGCAGUGGAUGUGACUCUGGAUCCUGAUACAGCUCAACCUUAUCUCAUCCUGUCUGAUGAUGGGAAACAGGUGAAACAUGGAGACAUCCGACAGAACGUUCCUGAUUCUCCACAGAGGUUUGAUGAGUGUCCCUGUGUUCUGGGAAAGGAGGCAUUCUCCUCAGGGAGGUUUUACUAUGAGGUUCAGGUCAGAGGGAAGAGUAAGUGGGAUUUAGGAGUGAUCAGAGAGUCCAGUAACAGGAAGGGGGAGCUUACAGCCAGUCCUGAGGAUGGACUCUGGUCUGUAGUUCUGAGGAAUGAAACUGAAUAUACAGCUUGUGAUUCUCCUCCUGUCCUCCUCUCCUUAAAUCAGGUUCUCCAGAAGGUGGGGGUGUUUGUGGAUUAUGAGGAGGGUCUGGUCUCCUUCUAUGAUGUUGAGACCAGCUCUCAUAUCUACUCUUUCACUGGUCAGUCUUUCACUGAGAAAAUCUAUCCAUACUUCAGUCCCUGUAAUAAUGAUGGAGGUAAAAACUCAGCUCCACUGAUCAUCACUCCUGUUCAUCAUCAUAAAUGAGCUUCUUUUACCCCAAAAAUAAUAUUUUCUCUGAUAUUUUACACAAAAAAAGUUAAUCAUUCUAU